GUCAGGACCGAGCAGCCGCCGGCCGGCGAGUCGCAGCCCAGGGCAUGUUCCGAGACUUCGGGGAGCCCGGACCGAGCGCCGGGCCGGGCGGCGCGUACGGCGCCCCCACGCACAAUCCCGCCGCGGCCCAGGCGGCCACCCAGCAGAAGUUCCACCUCGCGCCGAGCCUCAACACCGUGAGCGGCAGCCAGGAGCUGCAGUGGAUGGUACAGCCUCGUCUCCUGGCGCCCAGCGGCUAUCCCAGGCCUCUGGGCUACCCCCAGUUCAGCCCCCAGCAGCCCCGACCAGGUGUCAUCCGAGCCCUGGGGCUACCUCCGGGAGGGCGGCGCCGGCCCUGUGACCAGAUCAGCCCCGAGGAGGAGGAGCGCCGCCGAGUGAGACGCGAACGGAACAAGCUAGCCGCUGCCAAAUGCCGGAACCGCAGGAAGGAACUGACCGACUUCCUGCAGGCUGAGACGGACAAACUGGAGGAUGAGAAGUCUGAGCUGCAGCGAGAGAUUGACGAGCUCCAGAAGCAGAAGGAGCGCCUGGAGCUGGUGCUGGAAGCCCACCGCCCCAUCUGCAAAAUCCCAGAAGGGGCCGAGAGUGGCACAGAGGACACGAGCGGCACAGGCGGUACCAGCAGCCUGCCUGCCCCCGCCCGCCCUGUGCCUUGUAUCUCCCUUUCCCCAGGGCCUGUGCUUGAACCUGAGGCGCUGCACACCCCCACGCUCAUGACCACACCCUCCCUGACCCCAUUCACCCCGAGCCUGGUCUUCACCUACCCCAGCACCCCGGAGCCCUGUGCCUCGGCCCAUCGCAGGAGUAGCAGCAGCAGCGGGGACCUGCCCUCUGACCCUCUCGGCUCCCCCACCCUCCUUGCUUUGUGA